GAAUCUGGUCUUUGACUUAUGAAGAGGAAUACACCUGCCCCCUCUAUGUGACGGCCAGUCGGGGGUACUCCGAUUGCCUGCAGCUCCUCCUCAGGAAGGGGGCUGAUGUUGACUUUGCCCCCGGUGGAGAGAAUGCCCUUCAUGGAGCAUGCCAACAUGGCCAUAGUGAAUGUGUGAGGCUACUGCUGAGACACGGCGCCAAUCCCAACGUGGAAUCCCAAGACGGGGCUUUGCCUCUCCAUUACUGCAAGACACCGGAGUCCUACCAGUGUGCCAAGCUGCUUCUACAACACGGGGCCCAUAUCAACAGUCCCCUCGUAUCUCCGUCCCCUCGUAUCUCCGUCCCGUCGUGUGCCAAGCUGCUUCUACAACACGGGGCCCAUAUCAACAGUCCCCUCGUAUCUCCGUCCCCUCGUAUCUCCGUCCCGUCGUAUCUCCGUCCCCACGUAUCUCCGUCCCCUCGCAUCUCCGUCCCCUCGCAUCUCCGUCCCGUGGAUCUCCGUCCCCUCGCGUCUCCGUCCCCUCGCGUUCUGCGCUAUUGUUACACUUCUCCGCGUACAGUUGAAGUUCUGCUGAACACGUACAGUAAGCUGCGCGGGACGGAGGACUGGGCCGAGGUGGUACCAGAAGAAGAACAACAGAACCAUCUUCAGUUCUUCCAAUCCGUCUUCUCGUUGUCUCGCAGUCCUCGUUCUCUUCAGCAUCUCUGCCGCUGCGCCCUGCGCUCACACUUGGAGGGGCGGAUGUCACAGACUCUGCCCAAGCUGCCCCUUCCUCCUGCUCUCCUGGAGUUCCUGCAGCUUCGGUUUGAGGACGUCCUGUACUGA